CCUCCUUCUUCUUCUUCAACUGCCAUAAUGAAAUCACUUCACUCAUUCACUCACUUUCUUCAUCUUCUGCAUUUCCAAAUCUUCAUCAUUCAUCUUCAACAACAUUCAUCAACUAGGAGAUUGUUGAGAGAUACUCUGUUGUGAGAUUUGGAGAAGGAUUUUAUCGUUACGCAAUGCGAGGGAGACAACGAGUAGGAUCAAGGGAAACCAUAGCAGUGCAGGAUAGUAAAGAUGACAGUUCAGCUUCAGUACGUGUACCGAUUGCCAAACCUUGUUGGCGGCGCUCUUUGAGGCAUGUAUUAGUGGCUUCUCUUUCCUCAUUCUUAUAUGGAUACCAUGUUGGGGUAGUCAAUGAAACCUUAGAAAGCAUUUCUAUAGAUCUCGGUUUUAGCGGAAAUACAUUGGCGGAAGGUCUUGUAGUAAGUAUAUGUUUAGGAGGUGCUUUUAUUGGAUCUCUAUUCAGUGGAUGGAUCGCAGAUGGGGUUGGGCGUAGAAGAAGUUUCCAGUUGUGUGCUUUGCCUAUGAUCAUUGGUGCCAUAAUGAGUGCAACAGCAAAAUCCCUCUGGGGCAUGCUUUUAGGAAGAUUAUUUGUUGGUACUGGAAUGGGACUUGGCCCACCCGUUGCAGCUCUUUAUGUAGCUGAGGUCUCACCUCCAGCUGUGCGUGGUACAUUUGGGGGCUUAACGCAAAUUGCAACAUGUCUUGGACUCAUGGCGGCUCUCUUUAUAGGAAUCCCAGCCAAAGAUAUAGUUGGUUGGUGGCGGAUUUGUUUCUGGGUAUCUGUCAUCCCUGCUGCUAUACUCACUAUUUUCAUGGAGAUCUGUGCAGAGAGUCCUUAUUGGCUUUUCAAGAGAGGAAGAACCAUUGAAGCUGAAGCUGAAUUUGAAAAGCUCUUGGGAGGACUACACGUGAAGCCUGCAAUGGGCGAACUGUCUAAGUCUGAUAGAGGUGAUGAGUCUGGCGCAGUAAAACUCUCAGAAUUAUUGUUUGGCUGCCAUGCCAGAGUGAUGUUCAUUGGAUCGGCGCUUUUUGCCUUGCAGCAACUUUCCGGCAUAAAUGCUGUUUUCUAUUUCUCUUCAGCAGUCUUUGAAAGCUUUGGUGUACCAUCUAAGAUGGGAAAUACGUGUAUUGGAAUAUGCAAUUUAUUUGGUUCGGUUGUUUCAAUGAUUCUGAUGGAUAAACUUGGAAGGAAAGUGCUUUUACUUGGUAGCUUUUUAGGCAUGGGAGUAACCAUGGGUCUACAAGUCAUUGCUGCUAGUUCUUAUGCAUCAGGAUUUGGAGCAAUGUAUCUAUCUGUCGGCGGCAUGUUGCUGUAUGUGCUAUCAUUUGCUCUUGGUGCUGGUCCGGUUCCUUGUCUCCUCAUGUCCGAAAUAUUACCUGGCAAGAUCAGAGCCAAGGCAAUGGCAAUUUGUUUGGCUGUGCAUUGGGUGAUAAACUUCUUUGUCGGUCUAUUCUUUUUGCGUUUGCUGGAACAAAUGGGGGCACAACUCUUGUACAGUAUUUUCGGUGCAUUUUGUUUGUUGGCUGUAGUUUUUGUGAAGAAAUAUGUUCUGGAAACAAAAGGGAAGUCACUGCAGGAAAUUGAGGUUGCACUUCUUGCACUAGAAGCAACAUAAAUGAACAAAAGGGGAAUAGGCAUAUUUCUAUUGUUGGAUAAGUUGCGGAAACAUUUUUGGUGGAUGAAAAAGAUAAAGAAAAAACAGUUCUUUAACAUGAAAUUUGACCAUUGCAUUAGCUUGAAUGUUAAGCUUUUGUAUGAUGACUUGUUAAACAAGCAAGUGACUGUAAAACAUGAUUAUUUGUUCUCUCGCUCUCUUACCGCUUUGUUUAACAAAUUUUUCUUGUAAAAUACAAAUUAAUUAAUGAAUUUAACCAUUUAUUUUUCUAA